AACCCUAGUCCAGAAACGUGUUUCCCCUCAAUUCUGAAGAACCCUAAUUCUAAUUCGCCCCUAACCCAGAAAAAAGCAACCUUAAUCAUUCUUUGUGACCACGCUUCAUCAAGAUUCAGAAGCAGCAAUUGACAAAUUUCUUCCAGCAACAGAGAAAAGCAAUGAAGAGGAGAAGUUUUAUCUCAGGUCUUCCAACUCUCAAAAAAUUAGGUUUAGAAUUCAUCAUAGAGGCUGCUUUGUUGACACCCCUGUGAAACUGUAUAUUGUUGGGUUAAUUUCAGAAAUGAAUUGGAAAUGGGAUGUUUACUACCUGUCGUAUUUAAAAUAGUUGGAAUUGAUUAAAAAAAUAUGGAUAUUGAGACAUUAGGUGUAUUUGGUAUUAGAACUCUAGGUUUAGCUUUAGUCGUGGCCUUCGAGCAUUUAAUUAUGAUGAUGAUGUGUUGCAACUUAUUAAAGAUGCUAAUGGUUGUGGGGUAAUAGAUUUGUAUGUUGAUCAUAGCAUUAGUGAGUCUGACAUUGUAUAUGAGGCAUAAAUAGGGAAUGACAUAACUUAUGAUGAUGAUGAAGUUCAUUGUACUGGUGAGAAGUUUGUUGAUAAUGAAGUGGAAGUGGAAAUGGAUAAUAAAGUUGAAUUGGACAAUGAAGCUGAAGUGGACAAUAAAGAUGAAGUGGACAAUGAAGAUGAAGUAGGUGAUGAUGUUGAAGUAGGUGAUGAUGCUGAAGUACGUGAUGAUGUUGAAGUAGAUGAUGGUGAGGAUAGUGAGCCCGAGUUAGAUUGGACAACUGUAAUUUCAUCUGAAACAACUAAACCACAUGAUAAUGACUUUCACCAUGAUAAUGGUGAAGAUUCUAACCAAGUGCAGACACCACCUGGGAGUGAAGAUGAUGAAGAGUAUGAGAGAUUUUCAUCCUAUAAGGUUGGUAAGGGAAUGAAGUUUCAAUUAGGUGUGAUAUUUAAUAACAAGAAGUUGGUAAGGGAUUCUAUAAAGGAAUAUUCUAUGGUUUAAAAUAUGUAUACCUAAAGAAGAAUGAUGGAAAUAUGAUGGUUGUUAGGUGUAUUGAUGAAUGCAGGUUCUACAUGAGAGUUGGUAAAAGGGUUAGUAACCAAUAUUGGCAAGUGGUGAGUUUAUAUGAUGAGCAUAUUUGUCAUAGAAUAGCCCAAAAUAGACAAGAAAAGAUUGAAUGGUUGGGCAAGCAGUGUAGCCAUAUACUAAAGCAUACUCCUGAUAUGAAGCCAACUGGACUAGUUACUUUGUCAUUUGAUAAGUGUGGUGUUAAAUUGUUAUCUGAUCGGGCUUAUAAAACUAAUAGAAGAGCAAUAGAUAUUAAUCAAGGAGCAAGAAGGGACCAGUUGACACAUUUAAGAACAUAUGCUAAUGAGUUACUUAAGUCCAACCUUAAUAGUAACAUUGUGUUGCAAUGCUCUGACUCCAGUGUUAGACCUGUGUUUGAGAGAAUAUAAAUUUGUUUAGAGGCAUGCAAGGCAAGUUUUACAUGUUAUUGUAUACCACUUAUAAGACUUGAUGCAUGAUUUUUAAAAGGAGAAUAUGGUGGACAAUUGAUGGCAACUGUAGGGAUGGAUGGAAAUAACUAGAUAUUUCCAAUUGCAUAUGUUGUUGUAAAGGAAGAAACUAAGGACUCUUGGGAAUGGUUCUUAAAUAUCUUACUUGAAGACUUGCAAGGCAUAAAUCAAAGGGAAUAUGCUUUCAUUUCAGAUCAACAAAAGGUAGAGCACUCUUAUCUUAUAUGUUUUUCCUACUUAUGCUUAUAUUUAUUGUAUAAAAGUUACUUUAGUUGUGUUACUUGUAUUUUAUAGGGUCUU